AUGGCACCCACAUCCCUUUCAUUCACCGCCAUCAACGAUGCAUCUUGUCCGAAUUUCUUCGGGUCCCAAGAGCAUCGUACCCAAGUCAGCAGGGCCAUCACCGAAAGUCUCUUUGGGACAACCGCAACAUACGAAAGCCUGACUCUCAAAGCGAUAACACGACACCAGACACCGCCUGAUAGCUGGGAAAAGCCAGCCCGCGAUAUCCUUUCCGAAGCCUCAGCCUCUGGCAUAAUCGAAACCAACAACCCUUCUCUCCAAAGAAACGGCUGUACUUUACUUCCAUCAGCUCCGCUCCAACGAACUCGAACCCCACCACCGCAAUCUCAUACACCCCUGGGUAACAUUAAUACAGCACAUCCUUUACUCUCACCCCUUUCGCCGCCACCCUCCCAUUCACAACCCUCCUCACAAUUCGAAUGCGGCCAACGCACCACCUGGACACCCCCAGCACUCACCCCACCCCUCUCCUCGCCCACACUCCCCCGCUGCUCUCUAUCCCCAAAGCAAGCGUUGCGCCAGAAAUAUCGCUUUGAUGUCCCCGUCACACCAGCCAUACCCGCCGCCCGCGACUCUAUCCACGCAGACCCUGCAUGGAAUCCUGCGGUUGAGAACUUGCAAGGAGAAGAGAUGGAGGAAAUGAUGUUGACUUUAGAUAAAGAAAUAGCGCUUUGUGAGAUUAGGGAAAAGUACGAAGAGGCGGUGCAGAGGGCGUUGCUGGCGCGGUAUAAUGGGUUGGUGUGGGGGUGGCGGAGGGAGAGGGUGGUGCUUGGGUCGCUGGGGGGAAGGGGGGGAAAGCCAGAAAGGGAGUAA